UUCUCUGGAGGUAACGGGAUCAGUCGUGGCUAGGAUACAUCGUGAGCUGAAGUCUUUUUAAUAUAAUACAUUAAUCAUAUUUACACUGAAAGCAUUAUUAGUUUAAAGUUAAAACUCGGAUUUAAAAAUGACAGUGAAGUUUUUCCUCAUUUUCCUCACAGUGCACGUAUACUACAGUUUGUCAUACUCGGUAGACUUGACAUGUGACCGUGAACAUGAGCACUACGAGUGUGGCAGUCCGUGCCAAACAACUUGCGCCACGCUGGGUAUCGGGUGCCCGAUUGGCAACAAGAGAUGCGUGCAGACAUGUUACUGCGAUCAGGGAUACGCCAGAAACGACUAUGGGACCUGUGUACCUGAAGAACAAUGUCUUCUCACCACAACAACAGAGCGCAGUCGCAGGAAAAACUCGCAAAAUAACAAACAGCGCCCUAAACAUAGUCGAAAAAAAUCUCGAAAACGUCGCUUAAGUCUUCUGGGGUUUACUAUCUGCCCUGGACCAUUUAAACUUAUUAAGGCCCCGAACGCUACAACUUUUAAGUGCAAGGACUGUCCGGGCUUUAGUCUUAUUUUUGGGGCGAAUGCCACUAAGUAAAUAUUUCUUAAUUUGUUGAAAUUAACCUCUCGUAUAUCAACAAUAG